AUUGCUGGAGUGAAAUACAACUCUAGAGCUCGUUGGAACUACACCAAAGAUGAAACUCAGUUUCCUCAUUCUUGCUGUGACUGCUCUAGCAUGCCUGCAGUUGUCUUUGGCAAAACGUGAGGUCUGCCAUGGUAGAGGUAAAAGCUCGUCGUGUCAAUGCUCUGCUGUAGAGAAAUGUGGAAAUCAAAUCUUUUCUGAGGACGAACCAUCUCGAUUUCCUGACCACCAGGUGUCUUCAUGCAUGAACUGCAAGUGGAAGUUGUCUGUUGCUGCCAACAAGCGAGUCAGACUUACGUUCUCACAAUUUGUUCUUGGAUCUGGAGACAAAGUCCACAUUUAUAAUGGUCAUUCGAAGAAAUCUCCACUCAUUGUUAGCUACAGAGAAGGCGACAGUCCGACAGAUGUUGUAUCAAAUAGAAGUUCGAUGACAGUAAAAGUUAUUACAGAUCGUUGUGGGCAGAAUCCUUUGAUAAACGGAUUUUUUGAAGCUAUUGAUUGUGGAAAUCUGUUUUAUAUGAAAGCAGGAAGGGGAAAAUCAAAGCAAAUUCAGUCUCCUAACUUUCCACAAAAGUAUGCGAACAAAUUGGACUGCAUGUGGAUGUUUGUCAGUAAUGGGAAUUCACUACUAUCAGCACGUAUCAACAUCGAGGUUGUUGGUACUGCAGGAUCACGAGACAAACUGAUCAUUCAGAAAUCUCUGGAAGUGUCUAGAUCGGACAGCCAAGUGCAUGAGUACUAUGGAAAAACUAAAAGAAAUAAAGCAUUAACAUUGAGAAACACUCCUGGAUUUACAAUCAAAUUUGUUUCUAAUCGAGGAAACCGGGGGAAAGGAUUUUCACUAAAUGUUGUUGCUCUUGCACAAGGUCUUCAUUGUCCUACCCCCAAAAGUUUAAAAUAUGGUUUUUUAAGUCUAAUCAAUUUUGGUAGAACUGCCAAAUAUGUUUGUUAUCAUGGGUAUAAACUCUACGGAAUCAAUAAGCGAUCAUGCUCUAACAGUAAAUGGACGCCAUCAAACACUCCUACAUGCAAACCUGUAAGUUUCUGCACUUUGCCAUCGAACAUGGAAGUUUCCAAUAGAUCUAGUAAGGUGGCAAUCGGAGAAGAAGUGAUUCUCUACUGUACACGAGGGUAUAAGCUUUCGAAUUCGCUCAAAUUAUUGCCAGCAUUGUGCGAUUGCAAUGGCAAGUGGAACAUAACUACUAACCCAUCACCAUGCGAAGACUAUUUCUGUACCUCUCCACCUCCUACUCCAGGUGGUGCGACAUCGUUUGAAGAUGACGAGAAAAGGGUAAUUUUUUCCGUCGGAUCAAGAGUGAAUUACACGUGUCCGGAGGGGUAUGCCUUAGAUGGCAUUCCUUAUCGCGUUUGCACUGAAGAUCUCGAUUGGGAGCCACAUUCUACAAUUCACAAUUGUCGCAAAAACCUUCACGUUUGCUCGGAUCCUGGAGAACCGGAGAAUGGAAUGCGUAGAAUAAAGUCGUUUGCAAAUGGGCGUCUCGCAGUCUUUGGCUGUAAACCUGGGUUUACAUUGUUUGGAACCGGCUUGCGUACUUGUAUGGUUGAUGAGCAAAACAACACGUUUUGGAACGGCAAGGAAGUUUGCUGUAAAAGCGACUUCAAGUCUCCGUUGGGUUUAGCAUUUCAACUGAAAGAAACGUUUACUGACCGUGUGAGGGCAUGCGUUACCGACAGUUACCCUUUCGCUUUAACUGUUGAAAACUCAACUGCUUCCGCUUCAACUGUUGAAACAAAUUUGCUAACCGAUGCUGACAAUCAACUUCCUGCGUCACCAGAUUGCAGUGGCCGUACAGUGGUAGUUGGAGAAGGAUGCAUUGAUCUAAUAUAUAUAGUAGAUUGCUCAAAAAGCGUAGGCAAAGAAAACUUCCAUAACAGUCUCGACUUCGUGGGUCACUCGGCAGGGCUGUUUAAUAUCAACAACGAUACCACUAGAAAUGAUACUGCGAGAGUAGCUCUCAUCACAUUCGACGACAGAGUGCAUCCCAUAUUUAAUCUGGGAGAAAAGGCAACUCUAGUUGAAACGAUUACCGCAAUAAACAAGACUAAGUUCUGUGAAGGUGCAACCGCAGUAAGGAGAGUAUUGAAAUUCGUUAGAGAAAAAGUUAUUCCAAUAAGUAGACCACAAUGUAAAAGAGCCAUAUUUCUGAUUUCUGACGGAGUAAACAAUUGGGCAGGAGACCCAAUAAUAGAAGCAGAAGAACUAAAGAAAGAGAAAGGAUUAGAAAUUUACACUAUAGCCUUUGGAGUUGGGCAGCAAGGUAGAAGAGUUGACACGAAAGCACUGGAAACACUCGCAUCCAAUUCCAAUUAUCAUUUUAAAGUGAGAAACGCAUCUACCAUAAGAGAUGAAUUGAAAAAGGGAUUUACAACAAAAUUUGACUUUUGCAAAACUUGUGGUAGAGCCGUCGCUCCAAAGUGUAGAAAUCAACACCAUGGCGUGUGUCUUUCGGAAACAGGUGCGUGGCCUUGGGUGGUUGCCAUUUACAGGAUUGAACGAAGAAACCCCGUUUUUCAUUGCGGAGGAGUUGUGAUUAGCGAAUGCAUGAUUUUGACCGCAGCUCACUGUCUCGUUGGUCGCAAAAUUGAGGAACUCGUAGUUGUUGUCGGAGACACGCAGCGGUUUGUAAAAGAAUUUAGCGAGAAAACAUACACAAUUAAACAAGUGCUCAUACAUCAGGAAUAUGAUGCAGUCUCUUUUAAUCGAGACAUCGCUCUGCUAAAGUUGAAUUGCAAUUGCACGUGCUCUCCAUACGUACGAAGAGUUGAUUACCAACUGCACAGGACAAUAUCUACUACCGUCCGGGGACCCACUGUAUAGUAGCAGGAUGGGGAG